AUGGAUUCUGUUACCCAAAUCAAGGAAGAAAAUGUUAAUAAGAUCAGCCAACAUGGAGAUGGAAGAGCAGUAAUUUUAUGCUUAGUUAAGGAGAGACUGAGAAACAUUGGAGAACACACACACAAAAAAAUCUCCGUGGUCCAAGUGGGAGAGAAAAGGGAAAUUGACAAGGUCUUCUCCUACAAUGCUUGUGCUGCUCAGAUGUUCUUUGUAACAGGCUUUGCUACUGUGGAAAACUGCCUCCUGGCCUCAAUGGCCUAUGAUCGCUAUGCAGCAGUGUGUAAGCCCCUCCACUACACCACCACCAUGACAACACGUGUGUGUGCAAGUCUGAUCAUAGGCUGCUAUGUCUGUGGAUUUUUGAGUGCCUCAGUCUACACUGGGAACACGUUCAUUCUCUCUUUCUGUAAGUCCAAUGUGGUCCACCAUUUUUUCUGUGAUAUGCCAGCACUCAUGAUUCUUUCUUGUUCUAACAGAUAUGUGAAUGAUCUGGUUCUUAUUUACGUUGCCAGCUUCAAUAUCUUUUUUGCUCUCCUAGUUAUCUUAAUAUCCUACAUGUUCAUAUUCAUCACCAUCCUAAAGAUGCGCUCAGGUGCAGGACAUAGGAAGGCUAUGUCCACCUGUGCCUCCCACUUCACUGCUGUCUCCAUUUUCUAUGGGACUGUUAUCUUCAUGUACUUACAGCCCAGCUCCAGUCACUCCAUGGACACGGACAAGAUCGCCUCUGUGUUCUACACCAUGGUCAUCCCCAUGUUGAACCCUGUGGUCUACAGCCUGAGGAACAAGGAGGUCAAGAGUGCAUUCUCAAAGAUUUUUCAGAGAAAAAGUAGGCUUUAGGUUUCAGAAUUAACCAUUUUGAAAUAUGUAUAACAGUAUUCAGUCCUCUCAGAACUUCUCUCUGUUAGUGUCACAUUUUAAGACCCACAGUGAAGUUAUGGAAGUGAUACCUUAUCUUGCAUAAGACCGUUGUCUAGGGAAAAAAAAAAGAAACCUUGCAUUCAGAAUUGUAAUACCUUAAUGAGAAUGUCUAUGAUAUUUUGUGUUCUGCUUGUCA